CGUCUAACUGCGCACCGACAGAUCCACCAGCCCCUCUGUUUGCGCCAAACAUCGCCAUCGCCUUGGACAACAACAACAAAACAAACGCUCCACCAACAACGAAGCCUGGUGCUGCCUCCCGUGACUAAGCAGAAGCUUGGCUGGUUCAUCUCCUGGUUUUGGCUGCCGCCUCAGCACCCAUUGUCCUUCUCUGCUGCUCCUCGACUGCUGCUGCUGCUGUCGCUGCACUCGGUGUUGUUACAAGUGUUGCUGUUGCUCCUUUUCUCUCUGGUGUCCUUUCUUUGCUCCAUCCACCACCACCAACAAUGGGAACCCUGGUUCACCCCAAGACCGUGCGCAUGUUCCGCAACGGUGACAUGUUCUUCCCGGCUCGGUCUGUGGUCGUCAACACCCAUGUCACACGCAACUGGGACGCCUUUCUUGACCGAGUGACGCAAGGCGUCCGUCCCCAGCGGGGCGCCAUCCGCCUCAUCUACGAUGCCGACACGGGCAAGAAGGUCAAGACGUUCGAGGACCUUGAGGACGGCAAAUCCUACGUCGCCGCAGGCCUGGAGCGCUUCAAGCGCAUCCCAUACUCGAACAUUCAGGACCAGCGCACGCGCGAGCGCACCAUGAUGCAGAAACACAAGACGACGCUGUCUUCGGUGCAGCGCGUGAUCCGGUCUGGCCGCGCCAAGAAGCUGGGCGCCGGCGUGCGUGGCAAGACCAUCUACGUCACCAUGAACGGUGACCUGCAGUUCAAACCCAUCAAGGUGCUGGUCAACAACCGCACCACCCCAGACAUUGAACACCUCUACGAUGAAAUUGGCAAGAAGGUCAAGGCCUACACCGUCGAAACCAUCACAAAGGUGUACGACAUCAACGGGCGUCGCAUCCGUUCGCUGGACGGCGUGUCCGAUGGCGGCCAAUAUGUCGCAGUCACGCGCGGCCGCUUCAAGGCCCUGCCUUACUUCUCCCCGGUCCCCAUCAGCCAGUCUUCCCCUGCAAAGAUGGCCAUCAAGCUGCGCAGCGACCUGCGCUAUCAGAAGAACAAGAAGUACAAGAAGAACGGCAGCCCAACAAAACUGGCGCCCAUGGGUGCGUACCAGAACGGCAACAGCAAGGCCGCCUCCAACAACGCGUCCCCAGUCAAGCCCGCGAAGAAGCCGCAGCAGGCGCAGUCGCCCGUGCAGGCCAAGCCGUCACCGCCGAAGAAGCUCGCGCCCGCAGAGAAGGUGCAGAGCUACAACGUCACAGUCGUCACGGGCAGCGAUGCCUCGCACGCGACCGACGCCAACGUGUACCUGACCAUCCACGGCAGCAAGGGCGACACGCGCCGCGAACCGCUUCGUGAGGACUCGGACAACUUUGACGCUGGCAACGAGGACGUGUUUGCUGUUGAGAGCAAGUCCAUUGGCGACAUCACGGCCAUCACGCUGGAGCAGGAUGACUCUGGCGCCAGCAGCGCGUGGUUUGUUGAGCGCGUCACGGUCCGCGAUACUGUGACCAACAAGCGCAUCGUCUUUGAAGUGCACGACUGGCUCGCCACAGACCGCGGCAACAUGACGAACAAGAUCCGCGUGGAGGCUGAUGGCUCGCACAAGAAGAAGAAGAAGAAGGCCAACGGUGCAGUGCGCGAUGAGAUGGCUGCGCCAACACGGGAGCAGGCUGAUGCUGUCGAGGAUACGGCAGACACCAUGGAGGACCGGCCCGUGAAGGAAGCGCGCGCCGCUGUUGUUGAUGACGACGACGUGGAUGAUACGCCGUCCAUUAGCACGGGCAAGUUCCAGGGUGCGGAGAAGGAGAUUAAGGCUGCGUUGCAGGAUCCACAGCAGCUCAAGGCCUUUUGGCGGCAGCUCGACUUCAACGGCAACAACAUUGUCAGCCUGGCCGAGAUUGACAAGUUUGUGGUUGAGCGGUUUCCAGUGCUGAACAACAAGCCUGCUCUGAUGCGGGCGUACAAGAAGACGACGCUGCGCGAUGGCGAUGGCGACUCGUGGGUGGAGAAGAAGGAGUUCCCUGCGCUCCUGUCCAACCUGCUCUACUUCAACUGCCUGUUUGACGCCUUUGACGACAUUGACACGGACGACGACCGGCGCGUGGACUUUGAGGAGUUCAAGAAGGGCCUGAAGGUGCUGGACAUGAAGAUGGGCGAGCAGGACGCGCGCGAUGAGUUUGCGCUCAUGGACGAGAACGGCGGCGGCGUUGUGCUGUUUGACGAGUUUGCGGCGUGGGCUGCCCAGUCUGCCUGCCCCGUCAACGACGUGGUCAUGACCGAGUUCACCACAUCCGAUGACAAGAUCUGAUGACGGUCACAUGCGCCUGCAGUGGUGUGUGCGUGUGCUCGUGUGCCUGCAGUGGUGUGUGCGUGUUCGUGCGCGUGCUUGUGCGCGUGCUUGUGCGCGUGCUU